AUGUCGGCUGCCGGGACCUCGCAGAUGCCACAGCCCGUGAAGCUCUCGCUCCCGCUUAUCUACCAGCAAAAACUCUUCGAAGAGCUCCGCAAAGAAGAUGAGCUAGUCGUCCUAGCCCGCGGCCUAGGCCUCAUGCGCCUGGUUACGAACCUUCUCCACUCCUACGACGCCGCCGGUAACAACCUGAUCGUCAUCAUCGGCGCCGAUGACAGAGAAAAUGCCUGGAUCGGCGAGGCCCUGGCCGAGCAUGCCGCUGUUAGCCUGUCGCCGUUGGCCCGCGGCCUGACGGUGGUCAACACCGACUACACCAGCGUCGCUUCGCGCGAGAAGAUGUAUGCCGCGGGCGGCAUCUUCAGCAUCACCUCGCGCAUUCUGGUCGUUGAUAUGUUGACGGGCUUGCUGAACCCUGAGACGAUCACUGGGAUGAUUGUUCUGCACGCGGACAAGGUCAUCGCCACGUCUUUGGAGGCCUUCAUCCUCAGAAUCUACCGGCAGAAGAACAAGGUCGGCUUUCUGAAGGCAUUCUCUGACAACCCGGAGCCGUUCUCUACUGGAUUUUCUCCUCUGGCAACGAUGAUGAGGAACUUGUUCCUCAGAAAGGCCUCGCUAUGGCCUCGCUUCCAUGUCCACGUCGCCCAGGCCUUGGAAGGGAAGAAGAAGGCUGAGGUAAUCGAGCUGGAAGUCCCCAUGACCGAAGCCAUGCGCGACAUCCAGAACGCUGUCCUGGAAUGCGUCGAGGUCAGCAUCCAGGAACUCAAGAAGUGCAAUCCUGGGCUGGACAUGGAGGACUGGAAUGUCGACAACGCCUUGCUCGCCAACUUCGAUGUCUUGAUCCGCCGCCAGCUGGACCCCAACUGGCAUCGCGUAUCAUGGAAGACUAAACAGAUCGUUAGUGAUCUGUCUGUUCUCAGAGGCAUGCUACAGUCUGUGUUGGCUUUGGACUGCGUGUCCUUCCUGCAGCAACUUGAUACCAUUCACGCCGCCCACUCGCCUGCCCCGGGGUCGACGAGACAGACCCAGUCUCCCUGGCUGUUCCUGGAUGCCGCUCAGACUAUCUUUGAGACGGCCAGACGCCGUGUCUAUUCAAGUAAGCAGAAGGCAGGCCCAAACUCAACCAUCGAGUCUCUGCGGCCUGUGUUGGAAGAGCAGCCCAAAUGGGCUGUACUGGCCGAGAUCCUCGGGGAGAUCGAUCGAGACCUCUACUUCGAACCUCCCGCCCGAGACGACUCCAACGGCACUAUCCUCAUCAUGUGUACCGAUACCAACACUUGUCGACAAUUAAGAGACUACCUCCAAACCAUGUAUGUGAAGCCCCGUACCGAAAAGAAGGUCGAAGAGAUCUACGACCCCGAAACCGACAAACCCUCCGCAGCGUUCAUCCUCCGGCGCAAGCUCCGCAACUAUCUCAAGUGGAAGCGCGAAUUCGCCCAGGUCAACGCCACUCUCUUCGCCGAGAACCAAAAAGCCCUCUCCGGCGCGGUCGACCCGCGUCUCGGACAACAGAAGAACCGUGCCCCGGCUAGCAAGCGACGCCGUGUCCGCGGCGGCAGCGCUGUCGGUUCAGCUCCCGGCCGUCUCGAGAACGGCAGCAUCGCGCAGUACUUCGAGAAACCCAACGAGGUCGCCGAGCUGAUGGCCAACGUCCAGCUUACAGAAGAAGAGGCUGAGGCACAACACAACCAAGACGUGAUGCUCUUUGACCCCCUAGACAACAUGGACGACUACUACCAACUCUACGACAUGCACGAUCUGGUCGUCAUCCAUGCCUACGAGGGCGACCAGGACGAGCACGUCCUGGAAGAGGUCAAGCCCCGCUACAUCAUCAUGUAUGAGCCCGACGCAGCCUUCAUCCGCCGUGUAGAAGUCUACCGCUCGUCACAUAACGACCGCAACGUACGGGUGUACUUCAUGUACUAUGGCGGGUCGGUCGAAGAGCAGCGGUAUCUAUCGAGUGUUAGACGCGAAAAGGACGCCUUCACCAAGCUCAUCAAGGAGCGAGCUACCAUGUCGUUGACCUUAACCACCGACCCUCAUGGAGCUCCAGACGAUCCGCAAGAAGCCUUCCUACGCACGAUCAACACGCGCAUCGCGGGCGGCGGUAAACUCACCGCGACAUCCGAACCCCCCCGCAUCGUAGUCGACGUCCGCGAAUUCCGCUCCUCCUUACCCUCCCUGCUCCACGGCCGGGGCGUGGUCAUCGUCCCAUGCAUGCUCACGGUCGGAGAUUACAUCCUAUCCCGCGACAUGUGCGUCGAGCGCAAGUCUGUUUCUGACCUCAUCUCCUCGCUCAAUAACGGCCGGCUGUACAGCCAGUGCGAGGCCAUGUUCCAGCACUACAAAACGCCCUUGCUCCUAAUCGAGUUCGACCAGAACAAGAGUUUCACCCUCGAGCCGUUCGCGGAUUUGUCCGCUGUCACCCUCCCGUCCGCGACGGCAGCUCCGGAUCUACAGAGUAAACUUGUCUUGCUCACCCUCGCCUUCCCCAAACUAAGAAUAAUCUGGUCCUCCUCCCCUUACGAAACAGCCGAGAUCUUCGAACGCCUCAAAUCCAACGAGCCCGAGCCCGACCCCAUCGCCGCGGUACGCGCCGGCCUCGACGAUAGCGACGAUCUCACGCAGCUCGACCCCUCCACUCAGCAGUUAGAACACAGAAGCGUCUUCAAUCCCGAGCCGCAGGAGAUGUUGUUGGCUGUUCCUGGGGUCACGCCCAAAAAUGUGGUUCAUUUGAUGGUCGAGGCGGAGAAUAUACGGGAGGUGGCGAACAUGGGGAUGGAGGAGCUGAGUAAAAUUGUGGGGAGGGAGGCGGCGAGGCAGAUUGAGGGUUUUUUUGGGAGGGACGUGCUGGAUGAUGAGAGGCAGGACAGGGGCAGUUGA